AAAAGAAUUUGAACGCCGUAUUGCAAGCCAAAAUGAGAUGGUGAAAACAACUAUGAGGGAUCUGGCAGAUGGUAAUAUAUCCAAUGGUUGCCUCUCCAAACCGGAUGUUUGGACAGAGGACUUAUCUGCUUCUGAUGAAACAAAGGCUUGGACUGCUGACAAGACUGAUAACAAUAAUUCCUUCUCUGAACCGAAUGUUUUAACGGAGGUCUCUUCUAUUUCUAAUGAAACAAAGAUGGAGAAAGGCAGAGAACAUUCAUGUGAGCUCGAAAAGAUGAAGAUGCUCUAAAUGGGAGGGUCCUAAAGCAACACAAGAUCAUUUAUCGACAACAAAGAGAGAUUCAGGAACUGAAACAUACUCUUCACAGGACUAAAGAUGGUAUAUAAGUUCAUGAAAUCACAGUACUCUGAAGAGUUUAGCAAUCUUGGCAAGCAUUUGCAGAUCCUUGCUCAUGCUGCUUCAGGUUAUCAUAAAGUUCUUGAGGAAAAUAGAAAGUUAUACAAUCAAGUACAAGAUCUUAAAGGAAAUAUUAGGGUCUACUGCCGUGUGAGACCUUUCCUUCCUGGACAAUUUAGUAGCAUGAGCGCAGUCAGUCAUAUUGAUGAUGGAAAUAUUACAGUCAUCACCCCUGCAAAGUACUGCAAAGAAGGGCAUAAAUCUUUUACCUUCAACAAAGUCUUUGGCCCAACUGCAACUCAAGAAGAGGUCUUUUCAGAUACCCAACCUCUUAUUCGUUCAGUUCUUGAUGGUUACAAUGUCUGUAUUUUUGCAUAUGGCCAAACUGGAUCAGGAAAAACUUAUACAAUGAGUGGACCUAAAGAACUUACUGAGGAAGGUCUUGGUGUAAAUUAUAGGGCAUUAAAUGACCUAUUUCAUAUCUCAGAACAGAGAAAGGACACAUUUUGUUAUGAAAUUGCUGUUCAGAUGAUUGAGAUAUAUAACGAACAAGUGAGAGAUCUCCUUGCAAAUGAUGGUGGUAACAGAAGAUUAGAAAUUCGUAACAGCUCACAAAAAGGACUUAAUGUACCUGAUGCAAACUUGAUCCCUGUUGUAUCAACUUCGGAUGUUAUCGAAUUGAUGAACCUUGGUCAAAAGAAUCGGGCAGUAUCUUCAACAGCCAUGAAUGACCGUAGCAGUCGCUCUCAUAGUUGCCUAACCAUUCAUGUUCAAGCAAAAGACUUGACAUCUGGGAAUGUCCUUCGAGGAUGCAUGCAUCUAGUUGAUUUGGCAGGGAGUGAAAGAGUAGACAAGUCUGAGGUCAAAGGAGACAGGCUGAAGGAGGCACAACAUAUAAACAAAUCUCUUUCAGCUUUAGGAGACGUAAUAUCUGCCCUUGCACAAAAGAACACGCAUAUACCUUAUAGGAAUAGUAAACUCACACAAUUACUCCAAGACUCUCUUGGUGGGCAAGCCAAAACGCUGAUGUUUGUCCACAUAAGCCCUGAGAUGGAUGCCAUUGGUGAGACCUUAAGCACUCUCAAAUUUGCCGAGCGGGUUGCCACUGUUGAGCUAGGUGCUGCCAAGAAGAACAAAGAUAAUGGAGAAGUCAAAGAGCUCAGAGAGCAGAUAGCUAGUCUUAAGGCAGCAUUAGCUAGGAGAGAAGGAGAAACUCACAUAAGAAGUACAAUGUCCAGCCCUGAUAUAUACAGGAUGAAGUCUGGUGCAAUCUCCCCAUCAUAUCCGAGCUUCAGGCAGCCAAUGGAGGAUGUUGGAAACAUAGAGGUCCAGAGUAAUUCUGCACUGAUGCAAAAGGGGGCAAACUAUGAUAUCCGAGAGUUACUGAUGGAAACCAAUCCUUCUCCAUGGCCGGAGAGCUGUGCUGGACUCCAGAAAACAGAUGACAAAGAAACAAGUUCUGGAGAAUGGGUUGACAAGGUCAUAAUUAACAAGCAUGAAGCUGUCGCUAGAGAUGAAGAUUUGCUAAGAGAUUGGGAAGGAGAUGGCACACAACUCCCUGCUUAUUUUUAUCAAAGAUAUAUUCCUGAUGUAAGAGUUUACAGGGAUCAGCCUAGAAACCGGGCCGAGUCUGUAGCGACCGAUGAUUCGGAUGAUCUGGAUUUGGCAACCAGUGAUUCUUCAGAACCAGAUAUGUCAUGGCAGUUCAAUCUUCCAAAACCUAGUGCUGCAAUCAAUGUGGUAGAAUCAAGGAUUAAGAAGCCUCAAACAAAGACAAUAAAGAGCCCAGAUGUCAGGACUUCCCUCAUCCCAUCUCCGUCGCGGAAAGUGUCCAAUGGAGCUGGCCGAACAACCAGCCGGCCAGGGAGGAAUCCCGUUUCCGGUGGCAUCGGUGGAAAGCGGUCAGUUAGUGGAAAGGUAGGAAGCGGAAAGCAAAGUUUACAUUAGAAAGGUGAGAGAUUUUCAGGCUUUCAUUUUAUGACACGACACAAGAGAUUGAGAGCCUUGUUCCCCAUAUAGUGAGUGGCAAUAAUUCUAGUUGCUCGUGUUUGUGUGUAUGGAGAGUGAUCUUGAUCGGCGCCUAAGAGGAGGAUUGUCUCACCCUUCUGCUUUGCUUUCAAGCUGGUCGAGAAGUGUCCGUAAUCCAUAACUCACUUCAUUGUUUGUACCAUUUACGCUUCAGGAAGAAAAGAAUAUUGAUGAAGGAAUACAAAAAAGAGGAAAAAGGGAAGCAAAAGUCUGAAACUCGGGUGUAAUGUUUAUAAGAAGGCUAAUGACUACAAAUUUUUUCCCCAUGGCAUUUCUAUUUUCGAGUUAUGUGAUCUUUAUGUUCGACUCAAGUUCCUAAA